GCGGCGGAAAGUGGAAAUUUAGAUGCGUUCAAGAAGCUUUACUAUGCGGAUACGACGAGACUGCUCAUCCAAGAUCACAGGGGUCGCUCGUGCACUCAUCAGGCGGCCUUCAGGAAUCGCAUCCCCGUGUUGGAAUUCAUCCGAUCGCAGGGGGCCGAUUUGAACAUUAAGGAUAAUGCUGGAAAUACUCCUCUGCACGUGGCCGUCGAGAAUGAAGCGCUCGACGCCGUGGAUUACCUUCUUAGAAUGGGUGUGGCUACGAACAUCUUGAACGAAAAGAAGCAGGCCGUCAUCCAUUUGGCAACGGAAUUGAACAAAGUCUGCGUGCUGAAAGUGAUGGGAAAAUACACGGAUAUGAUCGACAUCCAGCAAGGAGGAGAGCACGGAAGGACGGCGCUUCAUAUCGCAGCCAUCUACGAUCAGGACGAAUGCGCCACCUUGCUUAUCAAGCAAUUCGACGCGAGUCCGAGGAAGCCUUGCAACAACGGAUACUACCCGAUUCACGAGGCCGCAAAGAACGCAUCUUCGAAGACGCUCGAGGUGUUCCUGCAGUGGGGAGAAUCGAGCGGAUCCUCUCGAGAAGAGAUGAUCUCGUUCUUCGAUGCGGAGGGUAACGUUCCUCUUCACUCGGCGGUCCACGGAGGAGACAUCAAAGCGGUGGAGCUUUGCCUCACGUCCGGCGCGAAGAUCUCCACACAGCAGCACGAUCUCUCCACGCCAGUCCAUUUGGCGUGCUCCCAAGGAGCCACGGAGAUCGUUAAGUUGAUGUUCAAGAUGCAGCCGGAAGAGAAGGUCGUCUGCUUGACGUCGUGCGACGUUCAGAAGAUGACUCCGCUGCAUUGCGCCGCGAUGUUCGAUCAUCCCGACAUCGUCGAGUAUUUAGUUUCCGAAGGGGGCGACAUCAACCAGGUGGAUAAAGAGAAGAGAUCUCCUCUGCUCUUGGCCGCUCUCCGAGGCGGUUGGCGUACAGUCCACGUGCUGAUCCGUCUGCAGGCCGACAUACAUAUCAAAGAUGUUAACAAGAGGAACGUGCUGCACUUGGUAGUCAUGAACGGUGGCAGGUUGGAACAGUUCGCCGCUGAAGUAAGUAAGGCGCAAUCUGAAACCGGCUUGCUGCAAUUACUAAACGAAAAGGACAUAAGCGGAUGCUCUCCAUUGCAUUACGCCAGUCGCGAAGGACACAUCAGGAGUUUGGAGAACCUCAUCAAAUUGGGCGCUUGCAUCAACCUGAAGAACAACAACAAUGAAAGCCCGUUGCAUUUUGCUGCGAGAUAUGGACGUUACAACACGGUGAAGCAGCUGUUGGAUUCGGAGAAGGGAACGUUCAUCAUCAACGAGAGCGACGGAGAGGGCCUCACGCCGUUGCAUAUCUGCUCGCAGCACGGUCACAUGAAAUUGGUGCAACUUCUUUUGAAUCGCGGUGCUCUCUUGCACAGAGAUCACAACGGAAGGAAUCCCUUGCAUUUGGCGGCGAUGUGUGGAUUCACUCAAACUGCUGAGAUGUUGUACACGGUGCACUCUCACCUCUUGGAUCAAGCCGACAAGGACGGAAACACCGCGCUGCAUUUAGCGACGAUGGAAAAUCAAGCGUCGUCCAUUAUGCUUCUGAUGAAUCUCGGCUGCAAACUGUUGUACAACCAUAUGGAUAUGAGCGCGAUGGAUUACGCCAUUUACUACAAGUAUUCCGAGGCCGCUCUGGCCAUGGUGACGCACGAGAAGAGGGCGGAAGAGGUGAUGCUUUUGAAAUCCAAUAAACAUCCUUGCGUGACUCUCGCCUUGAUAGCUUCGAUGCCGCGCGUUUUCGAAGCCGUUCAGGAUAAGUGCAUAGAAAAAGCGGAUUGCAAGAAGGACUCUAAACAGUUUUACGUCAAAUACGAUUUCACCUGUCUGCAGUGUCCGCAAUUUUAUGCCGACAUGGAUGAAGAGACUGGAGAGGCAUACAACAUCUCCGAGCCCAUUCCGCUUCCAGCUCUAAACGCUAUGGUCGUGCACGGUCGUGUGGAAUUGCUUGCGCAUCCAUUGAGUCAAAAAUACUUGCAAAUGAAAUGGAAUUCCUACGGAAAGUAUUUUCACGUGGCGAAUGUGCUUUUCUACAGCAUCUUCCUUGGUUUCGUGACGUGCUUUUCCUCGCAGAUGAUGGUGCACGAUGAGAAGGAGGACGAAGAGAGCUUGAAACGAUUCCUGGCAUCCACCAAACAUUUGGGAGCGAACAUCUCCAAUUACACGCAGCGAGAAUACUUGGAGUCGAACAAGGCGAAGAUCCUGGAGGUCAGCAUCACGCCCAUAAUGUACAUAAGCGGACUGGGCAUUAUGGCCUACAUAAGUCUGAAUUCCAUCCGAGAAUUCGUCCAAGUUUAUCAGCAAAAGUUCCUCUACUUCCUGGAUCCCAUCAAUUUGGUCUCGUGGAUCUUGUACUCCAGCUCCAUCCUCAUGGUCACUCCCAUCUUCGGCGGGAAGAUAUUCGAACUGCAAUUCUCGUGCGCUUCUCUCACCGUUUUCCUGAGCUGGUUCAACCUGCUGCUGCUCCUGCAGCGCUUCGAUCAAGUUGGCAUCUACGUCGUCAUGUUCCUCGAAAUCCUGCAGACUCUUAUUAAAGUGCUGAUGGUUUUCUCCAUCCUCAUCAUAGCAUUCGGUCUAGCCUUCUACAUAUUGCUGUCUAGAGGAGAACAUCUCUCGUUUAGGUCGGUGCCCAUGUCUCUGGUGCGAACGUUCUCCAUGAUGUUAGGCGAAAUAGAUUUCAUGGGAACUUACGUGCAGCCCUACUAUUUGCGAGACGCCGGUUCCAGGUCUCUUCCGUUCGCUAUGCCCACCUUCCUCAUACUCGGAAUCUUUAUGGUCUUAAUGCCCAUCCUCCUGAUGAAUCUGCUCAUCGGUUUGGCCGUCGGUGACAUCGAGUCCGUGAGGAGAAAUGCUCAAUUGAAACGAUUAGCCAUGCAGGUGGUUUUGCACAGCGAGUUGGAAAGGAAAAUCCCGAGAGUUCUGCUCGAGAAAGUUGACAAAAGCGAGAUAAUCGAGUACCCGAACGAUGCGCAAUCCAAUCUCGGUUUUCUGGAUUCCAUCUUGAAGAAGUGGUUUGGCAGUCCAUUCUCCGAAGAAGGUCCUGACCCCACCAUCGAAACGCCCGAGGAUAUGAUCAUCGCGAAGAUCGAAAAGACCAAAACCAAACUGCGUGAUCUAACGAGGAUGAUGGAAUCGCAGCAGCAACUGUUAAGACUCAUCGUGCAAAAAAUGGAAAUUAAGACGGAAGCAGAAGACGUGGACGAGGGGAUGUCGCCCAGCGAAUCCAGACGAUCCAAGUGGACUUCGCCGAAGCUUAAAUCGAAACUUAAGUCGGCUUUAAGUCUUGCCAAGUAAUCGAUUGAAAAUCGCCUAAUUGUUAAAAAAAAAGAAUAGCGAAAGCACCGACAAAAAAGGCACUAUUUGAAGAAUACUGGGCGCAAAUUUCCUAAAACACUAUCGCAUUAUUAUUUAAAAUUGUUUCUUUACUAAAAUUUCAAUGGGUUUUCGCAACAAAUUUGUUUUACUCAAAGUAAGAGCAAUUCUCGUGGGGUCCGAUAAUGCAUUAAAAAUGAAUUUAUUGUGAAACAAAACAUUGAAAUGUCUCCUGAGUUGAGCUAAUACUCAACGCAGCAUGAAAUUAAUUUUAAUAUUGAGAAACGUUAAGUUUUGUAGAUUAAAAUCGAUGUAAUUCAAUUCAUCGUUGAGAAUACGAGGCGCGCCCAUCCCUAUCUAGUCGUGUAAAUCUUUUAUAAUUCUCGUUGUAUUUUAUUUAUUGGUAGAGUAUUAUAUAAUCGUUUUGUAUUCGUGAGAAAAGGGAAGAGAAAACAACUAAAUGUGAUAUUCGGGGUCAUAUUAAAAGUCGUUUUUAGCAACAACAGAACAUGUUGAUGAGAAACGUUUGGGAACGAAAUACAAAACAAUGAUGAGUAAAUGUAAGAAAACAUUU